AUGGGUAAAUUAAAGAAGAAAGGAAAGGCCGGCCAGGCGAAGAACUACAUCACAAGAACCCAGGCUGUCCGAAAACUUCAGAUCUCCUUGCCUGAUUUCCGUCGCCUGUGCAUCUUCAAGGGCAUCUACCCACGAGAGCCCCGAAACCUCAAGAAAGCCAACAAGUCGGCCACUCACUCGACCACCUUUUACUACACAAAGGACAUUCAAUAUCUGUUACACGAGCCUCUCCUGGGCAAGUUUCGAGAACAAAAGACACUUGACAAGAAGAUCGCCCGGUCAUUAGGUCGCAAUGAGGUGCAGGAUGCGGUGCGACUUGAGAAACAUGCUAUGCCCAAGAUCAAACUCGAUCAUAUUGUUAAAGAAAGAUAUCCCACUUUUGUGGAUGCGCUGAGAGACCUUGACGACGCUCUAUCAUUGUUAUUCCUGUUUGCCAACCUACCUUCCACGACCACCGUCCCCCACAAAGUCAUUGCACGUUGCCAACGCCUGUGCCAUGAGUUCGAACACUAUUUGAUUGCCACAAACUCGUUACGGAAGUCCUUCUUGUCGAUAAAAGGUAUUUAUUAUCAGGCAACCAUCCAAGGUCAAGAUAUCAUGUGGCUAGUCCCCUACAAGUUUGUGCAGCGAGUCACUCAAGACGUGGACUAUCGUAUAAUGGGCACAUUUGUCGAGUUUUACUGUACACUACUAGGAUUUGUGAACUUCCGCCUCUACACAUCUAUCGGUCUUGUUUACCCUCCCAAAUAUGACGCCGCAAGCGAUGAGAGGGGUGCCGAGUUGGCGGCAUUCACUCUCGAGGGCCGUGGUAUUACUGGUCCCCAAGAAUCCGAGAACGACCAAAAGACUCUGACCAACGGUCAUGCACAAAAUAGUAAUUCCGAGGCUCUUCAGGCACAGAUUGACAAGAUUUCCAAGGACGAUAUCGUGGAAGACGACAUCAAGGAAGCUGAGGACGUGGAUGAGCCGGGAGACGAGGGUGCUAUUGACGAGUUCAAAAUCGCAGCUCCAGAAGGAGAUGUUCUUCCCCAACCAGAUCUUACCAGCGACCAAGCUGCGUCUUUAUUUUCCAACCUAACUGUCUUCAUCUCCAGAGAAGCUCCCAGACACCCGGUCGAGUUCCUGCUGCGGGCUUUUGGCUGUAAAAGAAUUGCUUGGGAUGCAGUUCUUGGUGAUGGAGCUUUCACAAAUGAUGAAACUGACCCUCGAAUCACUCAUCAGGUGGUAGAUAGACCAAUGCCCGCACAGACAUUCUCUAUUGCACAAGUUGGAGAGGCUUCAGGUGAUCAGAACCUCCAAGUUGUCAUGCCGGGUCACAUUGUACCUGGACGUACCUACAUCCAACCGCAAUGGAUCUGGGAUUGUAUCAAUGAAGGCAAGAUACUUCGGACUGAUGUCUACUCCCCAGGAGCAACAUUGCCACCUCAUCUCAGUCCGUGGAUGAAACCCACCAGUGGUCAAUACGAUCCUAGAGCUACCUUGGAAGAGCAACAGCCAGAAGGUGAAGCUGAUGAGGAAGUGGAGGAUGACGACGAUGACGACGAAGAUGUCGCGGCUGACGACAUCGAAGGACAAGAAGAUGAGGAAUCAGAGGCAGAUGAGAUAGAUGCGGGAGACAUGGAUGUUGCCUCUUCUGGAGAAGACGAUACAUCUUCCGAGGACGACAAUGACGAACAUGAAGAGGGCUUCGGCGGGUUUGAAGAUGGAGCUGAUGUUGACGAUGCAUCCGACGACUUUGACGAUGAAGCACAGCACCAGAAGGAGCUCGAAGCCGAGGCACUUGGUCGGCCGAUUUCUGCGUCCAAGCAGAACCCCGUGGCUACACAAAAGGCCAAGGCCAAGAAAGAACGACAGACUAAGAAAAGCAAAAAGGAUGAAGAAGUCGAACGCCAGAAGAUGAUGAUGAGCAACAAGAAGAGAAAGUUGUACGAGAAGAUGCAAUUUGGCAACAAUAAGAAGGAUGUCGAGGCCGAAAAGCUCCGGGGCAAGAGAAGGAAGUUAGAGAAGGCUGGCAAGGCUGGACGAUAA